GUUCCCGGCGGUGACCAGGUUGCUGCUGUCCCUCCUCGGGGAUCUCAGCGGUGGCCUGGCCCGUCGGGGGCUUCCUCAAGUCUGUCUCCUCAGGCUGCCCCCUGGGCGGCCGUGUGCGCGCGGGCGGGCCGUGCAAUAAAUUCGGGUACUUCGUCGGCUGCGACGACCUUCUCUCCUUGGGCCUACAGAUGA